AAAGCCUGAAUUGUGACUCCCAGCAGCAGCUCCUGCAUUUGCAUUUGAUGCAGACUUCUUGCAGACUUAAAUCGAGGGGAUCCAGCACCGCGGAUGACUCUGAAUUUAUCAAAACUUUGCCGAUUGGAGGUUUAAACAGCAAAGAAACACUAAGAAAGUAGCCUGUUUUCACUUCGAUAUUUAAACAUAGUUCGAGUUAAAGGCGUAGUUUGGGUGUGAGUUGUGUUAAGUGUAUUUAAAAUAGCUCCGGUUUAAAGGAGUGCAGACGGGACUAGGUUUCCUGGCGGAGUAGCACUAAAUUCAGAGCGCAACAGAUUACCGGUGCACACUUCACCGCUGAGCUUGAGCAAGACAGUGAACUAAAACUGGAGGAUUUAACUCCGAGAUGCAUCGGUGCGGCGUUUAAUAAACAAUAACAAUUUAUCUUUAGCUAAUCGAUAUCGCUUUCACAUCCACUGUUUGGACCGUUUAAAGAGCAGUUCCCGUGUUUUGUCCAAACCGCCGCCUGGACUUCUCGACACUGGAAGGACUUAAACUGAACCCAAGAUGUCAAUUUUGCCUUUCACUCCCCCCAUUGUCAAAAGACUUUUGGGCUGGAAGAAGGGAGAGCAAAACGGCCAGGAGGAGAAAUGGUGUGAAAAAGCAGUGAAAAGCUUGGUGAAGAAGCUCAAGAAGACGGGGCAACUAGACGAACUAGAGAAAGCCAUCACCACCCAGAAUAUCAACACAAAAUGCAUCACUAUACCGAGGUCUCUGGAUGGCCGUCUGCAGGUCUCCCACAGGAAAGGUUUGCCCCACGUCAUCUACUGCCGUCUGUGGCGCUGGCCCGACCUGCAGUCCCACCAUGAGCUGCGGGCGGUGGAGCUGUGUGAGUACGCCUUCCACACGAAGAAGGAUGAAGUGUGUGUCAACCCAUACCACUAUCAGAGAGUAGAAACGCCAGUACUCCCACCAGUGCUGGUGCCCAGACACACAGAAAUCCCCAGCGAGUUCCCACCUCUGGAUGACUACAGCCAUUCAAUCCCAGAAAACACCAACUUCCCUGCGGGCAUUGAGCCCCAGAGCAACUACAUACCAGAAACGCCACCACCAGGCUACCUCAGUGAGGAUGGAGAAACCAGCGAUCACCAGAUGACCCACAGCAUGGACACAAGCUCCCCAAACCUGUCACCUAACCCAGUUUCACCUACACAUAGCAACUUAGACCUUCAACCAGUGACAUACUGCGAGCCGGCCUUCUGGUGCUCCAUUUCCUACUACGAGUUGAACCAGCGAGUAGGAGAGACCUUCCACGCCUCACAGCCCUCGCUGACAGUGGAUGGCUUCACGGACCCCUCCAACUCAGAGCGUUUCUGCCUGGGCCUGUUGUCCAACGUCAACCGCAACGCCGCUGUGGAGUUAACACGCAGACAUAUUGGCCGCGGUGUGCGGCUGUAUUACAUCGGAGGAGAAGUUUUUGCCGAGUGUCUCAGCGACAGCGCCAUCUUUGUCCAGAGCCCUAACUGUAACCAACGCUAUGGCUGGCACCCUGCCACAGUCUGCAAGAUCCCUCCAGGAUGUAACCUGAAGAUCUUCAACAACCAGGAGUUUGCUGCCCUGCUGGCCCAAUCAGUCAACCAGGGCUUUGAGGCUGUGUACCAACUCACCAGGAUGUGCACCAUCCGCAUGAGCUUCGUCAAGGGCUGGGGAGCCGAGUACAGGCGACAGACGGUUACCAGCACCCCCUGCUGGAUCGAACUGCACCUGAACGGCCCCCUGCAGUGGCUCGACAAGGUGCUCACACAAAUGGGCUCGCCGAGCAUCCGAUGUUCCAGUGUCUCUUAGGGAAACCCUUCAUCCACCCACUUCCUGUCAGUGACUUAAAAAAAACACACACACAGACUGCAUACAGGCAAGAACGGCUACACAAGUACAGCAAAAUGACGAGCCUCCCCCUCAUUCAGCCAAUCCUCAAUCUGUAACUUAGUCCUUCCUCCCCACCAGCUGUCAGUAGCACUUUUUAUAUACAUGUUGUUUGUGGCAAAAGGGGACAAGUGCAUUAAAGCAGUACCGUGUUAGUAUGAUCUCAACAUUUUGUCCAGAAUUAUUAUGAUGGCAUUUUUGAAGUGCCAGAAAGGCUGUAGCAAUGGCAGGAGGUUUUUGUUUUUCAAUUAAGAGAUUCUUUUUUUUUUUUUUUUUCAAUUUCAUUU